GCAAUCAAUGAUGUAUUCCCUGACUCCCCACAGAGGUUCUGUCUUAGACAUAUAUAUGCCAACUUUCAAUCUGCUGGUUUUAGAGGGGAGGAACUCAAGAAACACUUAGAUCAGGCUGCCUAUUCCUUCACUAAGAGUGGUCAUGAAAAAGGGAUGGAAAAUUUGAAGAAAGAAAGUUUUGAAGUUUGGCAGUGGUUGUCACAGAUACCAGACCAUACAUGGGCAAGAUAUAAAAUGGAUACUGUUUGCAAAACUGACCUAGUUGUUAACAACCUCAGUGAAGUCUUCAACAGAAUGAUAUUGUAUGUUAGGAACAAGCCAAUCAGGACUAUGUUGGAGGGCAUAAGAACAAAGUUGAUGAUCAAGUUUCAGAAAACCAGAGAGAAAAUAGAGUCAUGUAGAUGGGAGAUUACACCAACCUACUCAGAAAUUUUAGAAGAAGGCAAGAAGUGGGCUAAGUAUUGUGAUGCAUACAUGGCAGGUGACUAGUAGCUCUGAGAACACAUAUUGUGUUAACUUGAACAACCAUACAUGUGACUGUAGGAGGUGGGACAUGACUGCUGUGCCUUGCAGUCAUUCCAUUGCUGCAAUGCAGAAAGUGAAGCUACAUCCUGAAGACUUUGUCAAUGACUUCUUCAAAAAGCCCAUGUACUGUGAAACAUACAAGCAUAUAAUUUUCCCAGUUCCAGGACCUGACCAGUGGCCUCAUACACCUGGACAUGACAUAUCUCCACUAGUGUUCAAAGAAAAGAAGGGCAAAAAGCAAACUGCCAGGAGGAAAGGUGUAUUUGAGGUGCUAGCAAAAAAGGAUACCUCAAGAAUUGGUAUUGUCACAUGUAGCAACUGCAAGAAGCAAGGGCAUAGGUUCAGCAACUGUGGUGACCCUUUGAAGCCUAAGUUUCAGAUGAGGAUGAACAAGCACCAGGAAAAUAGAGCAAAUUACUCUCAAGCUGGUUCUUCUAUGGCUACAAAUGCUCAGAGGCCUCCAAGAGUACCUGCUGCUACUACACCUGAAGCAAGACCAGCUACAGCAAGAGCUACACCUUCUGCACCUUCACCAGCUCCAGUUGCUAAUUCUAGGCCUAGGGCAAGAAAAAGCGCUGCUUCAACUAUUCCAGCAGCUACAGCACAAGCACAACCAGCUAAGAGGACCAGGACUAACACUUCUUCUCCUGCUAAGAACACCAGAUCAUCUACAUCUUCUCCAGCAAAGAACACCAGAUCUUCAAGUGCCCAGAGAAGAACUUUCAUUGCACCAAGGCAAUCAAAUUCAACUGUUGUCCAGGAGGGGUCAAAGAGGAUCAGGAAGCCAAGUGGGAGACUGAAAGACUAUUUUUAUGCAAGUGAUAACUAGCUCUUGGAUUUGGGUAACUUGAGUUCAUUUGGCAUGGUUCAUUUGGCAUGGUUCUGUUUGUUGAACUACCAUGGUU